UCGCCUGUUCGCCAGCAGAAGUGACGACUGACGAUUUCGUAUAAAGCUAUGUCUGUCUUUCUUGCGUACGUGUGUUUUACGUGGUUUCGCGGAAAAUGAAGUUGUUUGUUAAAUUGUGCGUUCACAAAUGGUAAUUUUGAGCCUCGACUUAAAAUUAACAAACAUAAUAUGCUAAAUAUGUGUUUUUAAUAACAUAAGAUUAGUUUUAAAAUAUUAUUUUAAUGAUUGCUGCAUAACAAGGACAAAAACAGCUCGAUAGCUGCCCUUCAAAAUGGCUGCCGUAACUAAAACGCAGAAAUAUAAUUUUGAGAAAAUAUGUCGCGCUUGUUUGCAAAUAAAGAAGGACAUGCGACCUUUAUUUGAGCAGCUCACUGCGACGAUGUUAAUGGGAAUAUCAAAAGUGCAGGUAGCAGUCGGCGAUGGUUUGCCGUCCCAGCUGUGCCUGCAAUGCGUGCACCAGAUCUCUCGCUGCCACGCUUUCAAGACAUUAGUGGAGAGAAAUGAUGCCACACUUCGCGAACAGGCGAAGGCAAUGGCCGAAGAGGCCUUGAAUAUGGAGAAAGACAAAAACUUACAUUCAGUGUACAGAGCAAUCCAAUUUAUUGAGGUUCCCACUUUGAGCAGUAACAGUACAAGCCAACUCCUAGAUGGAUUCUUCACGGAUAACACAUCGGAUCAACCUCUCACGCAAGAAAUACUGCAGAAAGAUGAUUUUGAUGUUGAUAAGAUGAAUCCCAACACAGAAAACGCACGAAAGACCGAUGAAGGAGGACUCAACUCGGAUGACGAGAAUCUGCUACAAAUGGUGGUCUUUCAAGCGACGUCAUCCGUGUCGCCCGGACGCCACGUGUGCAACCUUUGCCAUAAGGAAUUCAAGCAUGCAAGGUGGCUGAAACUGCAUAUGCGCUCCCAUUCCAACUGGAUUAAGGCGAACUGCAAGAAACCACCUAAAUGUCCGAUUUGCGAAAGAACUUUUAAGGGACCCGGUAUGCUGAAGAUGCAUAUGCGUACCCACGAACAGCGUCCACCGAAACAACCUACGUGCUCAGUAUGCCAACGCACGUUUCCGACAAAAACCCUGCUCUACCGACACCGGCAGACACAUUUCGAACAAAAGACCCACCAGUGUACGGUGUGCGAGAAAAGGUUCUUUAGCGGAUACGCGCUGAGAUCGCACAUGGCGCGACACAGGGGCGAAAGACCGUAUGUGUGCGCUAUUUGCUCCAAGAGCUUCUACAACCCCACUGACUUAAAGGUUCAUUUUCGUUUGCACACUGGAGAAAAACCGCUAAAAUGUUCUGAAUGUAACAAAACCUUCCGCCGCCACUCGACACUGUGCCAGCAUAUGAAGAAACACCGCGGCAUAAAGAACCACGUUUGCAACAUGUGCAACAAGGCAUUUUAUGAAGUUUCCAAGCUGAAUGCUCAUAUGAGAGUUCAUACAGGCGAACGUCCGUUUGAGUGCCAGUUCUGCGAGCGCAAGUUCGCGCAGCAGUCCGCGCUGAUCUACCACCGGCGCACGCACACGGGCGAGAAGCCGUACGCGUGCAAGGCGUGCACUGCGCGCUUCACCACCUCCUCCGCCAGGAACAACCAUAUGCUCACCCACACCGGACACAAGAAAUUCAUGUGCCCAAUUUGCUUCAAAGGUUGCACAUCCCGCGCGGAACUGCGCGUGCAUUCAAGCAAACACACGGGCGAGAAACUGUUUGGUUGUGAACUAUGCCCGCAACGGUUCAGCUCGGCAUCGUACCUUGCAGUGCACAGGCGCUCUCAUACCGGAGAAAAGAAGUACAUGUGUGACGUUUGUGGGAAGGGCUUUAUAGAAAGCAGCGCAUACAAGAAACACUUAAAGACGCACGCAUCAGACAAAAAAGAUAACGACGAUUCAACAAACGACAACACGGAGGCUAACUUCGACAGCGAAGCGACACAGAUGCUAGAAAAGAACGAUCCAAAAGCGGAUAAAAACGACGAAAGUCAGGACGCAGAAGACGAAAAAGAUAAUACAGCUGUACAAGUACAGGAAAGUGGGCAAAAGAAGUUCAAAUGCGGUCUCUGUGUGAAGAGUUACACAUACUUGCACAGCCUGAAGAAACACAUGCUGAGCCACGUGCAGAUGUGUGUGUUCAGUCCCGACGGCUCGGAGAAGUUGUACGCUUUUAAACAACAACAACAAGAGCUUCAGCAACAACAACAGCAGCAGCAGCAGCAGCAACAACAACAACAGCAGCAGCAGCAGCAGCAGCAACAACAGCAGCAGCAAUUGCAAGUGCAGCCGCAGGUGCAGCAACUGCAGCAGCAGGUGCUGCAGGUGGGCAGCAUGCAGCAGCUCGCCGUGCCCAUACACGCGCAGCAUGGCAUCACUGUUUCAGGAGUACAGGGACAACAAUAUCCAUCAGUAUCAUCAAUACAAUCGCUGCAGCUACAACAGACGCAUCAACACAUCAAUACGCAGCAGCCGCAACUGCAGGUGCAGACGAUACAGAUACACCCUCAGCACCAGCCCAUACAAAUACAUGCGGUGGGGAUGCAGCAAGUUCAACAGGAACAGCUCCAUGUGGCUACGUCGUCUUGCCAGACCAUGUUGCCCAACAUACUGCAGUUGCAGCCGGGCGCAGUGGUGUCGGGGCUGGGGCAGGUGGGCACGGAGCUGGGCGGCGUGCACCGCAUCAUCCUGCAGCAGCCCACGGCGACCCACCCCGCGCUCUACACCAUACACCACUAGCUCCUAGGAACUGCACACAUCUCCUAACUGUAACUAUUCAGCAAAAGGUUCUUAUGAGAUGCUCGUAAUUAAAAAAUUCGUUAUUAUCUUUGACUAUUAUUUUAUUAAGUGUGAAAUGAAAUAUUAUGUAUUGUAACCUACAGGGCAAAAGUUAAAAAAGUUUGUUCCUGCAAUUGACCCACUUUUGUAAUAAAUUAAUUAAAUUUAAUUAUAAUAUUUGUAAUAAAUUAAUUAGUAUAUGUAUUUAAUUAUAAUUAAUUUAUUACAAAAGUGGAUUUAUUUCCCGAGUGUAUGAACAAAUUCUAGUUUAGAGAUUAUGUUCAACAGAAUUAGUCACAUUGGAAAUAUUGGGUAGGUAUUCAUUUUUGAAACCAUUUCUAAUACUUUCUUAAGGGGCAUGAGACGGGCCUGCCCGCGAAAUUCAAAUUUAUGUUGGUUUUUCGCAUUUUUAAACUAAUACGACAACGUAGGCUUAUGGCAUUUUCAAUAGCGACAGUGGCAGUAUCAUCCUCACAUGUUUAUAUAAAAAUCUUUACUUGAAAGGAUCCAGGUUAAGAAAUUAGCUGUAGUAUCGACUUAUUCUGACACAUUAGUCGAUACUAGAGCUAAUUUCUUAAACUGGAAUUGGUAGACAUUUGCACUGUUGUAAAAAGUUUAAAUACAAGAAAUCCUUGUUCAUCAACUUUACUAUGAUGAAAUAAAUAUCUUUUAUA